CGUACAUACAAGCAUCCUCCUGAUUUGUGGCAAAAACCCUAUUAUCCAGGCUCUGCAGCUGCGGCAUCAACCGGUCUUGGACCACUUACAGUCCCCCAAGGCCCGCAUGACCACAUCCUCGUCAAGCGUCAACUUUAAACCCGUCCGAUAAACGGAGACAAGUCAACCGCCUGGUCUCACGGCCUGGCUAUCGCAAGAUCUGAGACCAUGAUCGGUCUCGUUUUCUCCAUUGCCGUCGCAACCUUCAUCCUGUCAUGCAAGCCGACAGUACUAAUCUCAAACAUGUCUUUGCAUCCAAUGUCCACUGGCUGACGUUGCAACGCCAUCGUAAUCACGUCUGCAGUCUCAUUUUUUGGCACCCGGAUUGACGACCACUGCGCACAUUACUACCCCAGACCAGGAGUUACUCCACAGGCUGCAACCUUGCCAGCCCUGCAGAGAACGGCACCAAGUCUUGCCCUUAGUGGAACAUGAAGCUGAAGAUGUCCAGCUACCCUGGUUUCCGGGUAGUCGGGAUCGUCUUUCAAACUUAUUCCCCGCCUGUUCAAUUUCCGAUAUGCUUUUGCAUCAUUGCAUUUGGCCUAUCCACCCAACUAUUAUGGAUCCCAGGAGUUGAAGCGAGUGAAACCCCAAGACCAUGGGGAUUCACAUCGUUACUCAUCGCGGAAUCCGCGAUCCCACAGUCUUUACCAUCAUUGACAUCCGACGAGACGUCAGCCGAAACAUCAUCACAUUGGCAACUGAUCUGAUGGUCCGGACAUCCAUGUUCCAUUGAACUAUAUCCAAGCCACUCGGUCGACAGUUAGCUAAUAGUCGAACGCACACCGUUUGACUUGCGAGGUUCGCUCGUGAUCUCGACCAAUGGCCCGGGAACUACCCUCCAACGAGUCUGAAACCACAUGGAAUCGUAGCAGGUCUUAGAG